UAAAUCUAAAGUUUUGGGUCCUUUCGCUAACCCAUGUCAGGCACUUUCCUAAGCCCCUCAAAUUUGUGCCUCUCUGGGCUCCUUCCUUUCAUUCACGACAUUUUCGUCAAGCAGCCAAGAAGCCCCGCCUUCGUCAGUUUCGGCCCGCCUCCUUUCCCAAGUAUACCCAAUCGAAUGUCGCUUUGGUUGACACCGACGGCAAAGGAAACCAACCGUAACCUGAACCGAGAGAGGAGCGCGGGGGUUCUUUGGUCCAAUAAGCACAACCGAACGGGAGCAGAGUGUGGAGCCUCUGGUUGCCGAGCAGCGAUUAUGAUGCCGCCCAAGUUGCAGCUGCUGGCGGUGGUGGCCUUCGCGGUGGCGAUGCUCUUCUUGGAGAACCAAAUCCAGAAACUGGAGGAGUCCCGAUCGAAGCUAGAAAGGGCUAUUGCAAGACAUGAAGUCCGAGAAAUUGAGCAGCGACAUACGAUGGAUGGCCCUCGACAAGAUGUAGCUUUAGAUGAGGAAGAGGACAUGGUGAUCAUUUAUAACAGAGUCCCCAAAACUGCAAGCACCUCUUUUACCAAUAUUGCCUAUGACCUGUGUGCAAAGAAUAAAUACCAUGUUCUUCACAUCAACACUACCAAAAAUAAUCCAGUGAUGUCACUACAAGAUCAGGUGCGUUUUGUAAAGAAUAUAACUUCCUGGAAAGAGAUGAAACCAGGGUUUUAUCAUGGACAUGUUUCUUAUUUGGAUUUUGCAAAAUUUGGUGUGAAGAAAAAGCCAAUUUACAUUAAUGUCAUAAGGGAUCCUAUUGAAAGGCUAGUUUCUUACUAUUAUUUUCUGAGAUUUGGAGAUGAUUAUAGACCAGGGUUAAGAAGACGAAAACAAGGAGACAAAAAGACCUUUGAUGAAUGUGUAGCUGAAGGCGGCUCAGACUGUGCUCCAGAGAAGCUCUGGCUUCAAAUCCCAUUCUUCUGUGGCCACAGCUCGGAAUGCUGGAAUGUGGGAAGCAGGUGGGCUAUGGAUCAAGCCAAGUAUAAUCUAAUUAAUGAAUACUUCCUGGUGGGAGUUACUGAAGAGCUUGAAGAUUUUAUCAUGUUAUUGGAGGCAGCUUUGCCCCGGUUCUUCAGGGGUGCUACAGAACUCUACCGUACAGUAGGAAAGAAAUCUCAUCUUAGGAAAACCACAGAGAAGAAACUUCCCACUAAGCAAACCAUUGCAAAAUUACAGCAGUCUGACAUUUGGAAAAUGGAGAAUGAGUUCUAUGAAUUUGCACUAGAGCAGUUCCAGUUCAUCAGAGCGCACGCUGUACGGGAAAAAGAUGGAGACCUCUACAUCCUCGCACAAAACUUUUUUUAUGAGAAGAUUUACCCUAAAUCAAACUGAGUACAAGGUGUUGUGACUAUUAGAUUUUUGAACUAAAACUUCUACCCUGUCUUCACCUUAGUUCUCGACUCCACAACUUGGAUUGCUGAUAGGUGUAUAAGACAAUUCGUACUGAGCCGAGUUAGGAAACAGACAAUAACAUCAAGUAGAUACUGACUGGUAUAUCAGUGAGCUAAGAAGUUUUCGUUUCAGCCUUUUUUUUUUUUCCUGGUUAAAUUUUGGUGGGGAUUAUAACCUCCUGCCUGGAAAAAACCUACACAGCACCUAAAAUAAACACAUAGCAGUUCUAAUCAAAAGGCUAAUUACAAUUUUAGAAAAAGUUCAGCUACUAUGUUUUUGACAGAGCAUUUUUUCAACUAACCGUGAAUGAAGAUGAAUCCAUUUGCUACUUCCACCUUUACCUGGAGGUUUGGAUGGAACACCUCUACUGAAUAGUGUUAUUAACUGUUUGGCCGUAUGUGCUUUGUUUUUGUGAAUCACGUCUCAUGAAAUUUGUUGGAAUGUUUGAUCACGUUUGCUAGGAAAUGUCUCUGCUAUAGUUGGAAUUCCCAUAUAUAUGUAGGUCAUGUUAAUUUUCUUUAAAAAUAAUUAUCGUUAGUGUUAAAAACCAAUUUAAACUAUUACUAAUACUGUAAAAAGAGUCAAAGCAGUAUUUCUCAUUCCUGUCACCCCAGAUUGGGGAGAUACUUCAAAGAAUGUUGACAUUGCCUGAAGUUUUAGUUAAGGCUUCCACACAUUAAUAUCAAAAAAGAUAAAUUUAGUAUUGUUUCUCCAUGGGUUAUUUGUAAAGCUGUAAACUGAGAUAUCAGUGACUCCAUAUUAUAACUCCAUUAGUGAGCUGUGGUAUGGGUAGGAUUUUCCUACUUCUUCUGUACUUUUACUUGUAGACUAUUUUUACUAAGGUGCUUUAUAAUGUGUUUUAAAGCAUUGCAUUUACAAAAAAAAGGAAAAUGCUGUAAAUAUUGCAUAUUUUAUGUAUUUGGACCAAAAGGUUAUAAGUAAUUAGACAAAAGUGGUUUUGCACCAAUUUUAUUAUGUCAAGUAAAACCAUCAGACCUACUGUUCUUGUAUUUCUCAUUUAACUUUAUCACUGUAAUGAACUUUAAUGACCUUUCAAUUUUGAUACACAGUACAUUAUUCAUAAUUGGGGGCAGUAGUUACAGUGGAAAGAGUACUGGACAAGGAGUCAGAAAACUUGAUUUCUGGUACUGGCUCUGCCACUUAAUCAGCUGUGUGACCUUGGGCAAGUCACUUAACCUCUCUGCCUCAAUUUCCUCAUCUUGAAAUGAGGGUAAUAAUACCUGCUGUACCUACCUCACAGGGAUAUUGUGAGGAUUAAAUGAGAUGGCAUGUGAAAGCACUUUGAAAACUGUAAAGCGCUAUAUAAAUGUAAGGUAUUAUGGAAACAUCUUUAACAUAUAGUUUUGUACCAUUCAUUUUUUAACCAAAAAAAAAAAAGAAAGGGAAAGUCCACUUAUAAGCUGGUUGGAGGAAAGUUAAUCUUGAUAUAAAUUUGUGUUUGAUAAAGAUCUCUGUUUUAUCUUCCCUGUUUCAACUAUUGAAAUAUGAAACACCUGUGAAUUCUUAACGAUUCAUGAGCAGCUGCUUGAUUUCAGGAGGAUCCCUGUUUGAAAAAGACUUCAUUAGCUGACUCAGGGCUGGGGUAAAUUUGCUCUUCAAAUUUGGAAAAUUUUUCUGUUUUUAUUUCACAUUACCAGUCAGAAAUGGUAGCUAUUUUAUACUUCUGGUUUUUAAGGUAUAUUUUGCAGAAUUUAAUCACCCUGUGCAUUCUUUACCUUCUCCUUGGAGUAAAAAAGAUUUUAGAAACAUUUUCUAAAAGAAUAAUCUUUAAUAUAUAUAGUUGAAAUAAAUAUUCCCAAACAAAGCCUCACCAAACUGUAAGCAUUUUAGGCAGGUUGCUAUAAAGGUCAUUAAUUGUAUAGGAGGCAAGGAAGGAGCACUACUUAUCAGAAAACGUUUAUUAACAAAUUUAAAGGAAAGCUAAAGGAAGUUGAGAGGAAUCAUUUUAGCACCCUUUCCUCUUAAUAGAAUAUUAAGAGAAUAUCAACAGCAUACUUUUUUUAUUUGGCUUUCUUUUUUGUAUAUUUACUAACUUUUACAGAUAUUGGUUGAAAAUAUAUACAACUUAUUUUCCUGCCCAAAAGUAAAGCACUGUUCCAAGGUGGGGUGUUUGACAUCUAUCUGCUAAGGAACCCCAGUAUGCAGGUUAUUCUUGGAGAACAUGCUGAAAUCUUCUUGAGGUGCAUUAACUCUUCUACGUAACUAGAGUAGCACAUAGUGCACGAGAUCAGGAGGUCAGUAAACUUUUUCUGUAAAAAUCCAGAGAAUGUUUUAGGCUUUGCGGAUAAUACGGUCUCUUGUCACAAUUGCUCGACUCUACCAUUUAGCACAAAAGCACCCAUAGACAAUACAUAAAUGAAUUAGCAUGGCUAUGUUCCAGUGUAACUUUAUUACAAAAACAGGUGGCAUGCCAGAUAUGGACCAAGGGGUUGUAGUUUACUGGCUUCUGUAAUAGAGAGAUCAUUAUUUAUGGAGAAAUCAUUGUUGAAUAUGUACUCUAGUGACCUAAGAGAGUUUAUAUACUUAACAAAAGCUCCUAACUUAUAUCCAAAGAAUAGCUUUUUGAUUCAGGCAUAAAGUUUUAUGACUUAGAUUGUUUCCAGGUGGACAUGUUUUCUUUUCCAGUAUAACUGUUCAGAAUAAGGGGGUUCUAUCAUCUUUUAGGGUCAGUUAGGAGUAUCCUUCCUGGAGACUGGAAAAAGAGUUAGAUUUAAUUCCCUCUGGUCCAAUAUGUCCUGAGAGUCUUGAUGAGUGCAGAGUCCUUAUAAUACCUAACUUUAUAAUCAGAUAUAUAGAACCACUGAGACAAUAAUGUAUUUUUUUAAAGUGGCAAAUGUAGUUUUCUUUUUUCAGCAUUUUGAUCAUAGGGAAUUUUUUUUUUUUUAUAAUACAAAAGCAAAUUAACCACUUCGAAUUUUAAAAGAUAAUGUUGUGUGUGUGUGUGUAUAUAUAUCUCUAUAUAUCUCUAUAUGUUUAUUUCCUAAAAGAGGAAAAAGUACCUUUUUGUUCAACUUGUAUCAACUCCUGUUUUCUAAUUGCUGUGAAAUGGCAACUGUCGAUAAAUUAUUGUGACUGUUUUAAAAUGUAA